AUGCAAAAUUUUUAACUAUUUAAUUAUUUUAAUUAUUAGUAUAUAUAUAUAUAAAUUUAAAAAGUCAUAAACAAUGUGAUAUUAGUUCCUAUAAAUUGUUAGUUCCUAUAAAUUGGAAUAUAAUAUAAUAAAGCAUGAUAACGAAGAUAAGGAACAAAACAACAUUUCAAAACAAUCUAACAAAUCCUCGAUAAUUAAUGUUCUUUUGCGCGGCAAUCGGACAAUUUCUGGUGUCGCAGUUUUGUGAUUGCUACCUGUUGAUCAUUUCGUCGACGCUUCUCUAUUACAAUAUAUAUAUAGAUCAUCUGAUUACAGAUAUUUAUAUCUCAACAAAAUCUCAAAAUUGAUCAUCCUAUUCGAAGAAUGAUUUCACAAGCAACAUUAAUCUUGCCAAAAUUUUAUAAAAAACAUUUCUGAAAAGUUCAAACCUAAAUCAUGUUACCUUCGUCAAACCUUCUCCACGAGGAGUCAGAUUCUACGAACGGAACCACUAUUUUUAAAAAGCCAACGAAUACCAGAAUCUCAACCAACGAAUCGACCACGUUACUUUCGUCGAAGCUUCUCCACGAGGAGUUAUCAGAUCCUCUAAACGGAACCACUACGUCCAAGAUUCUAACCAAUACCAGAACCUCGACGAACGAAUCAACCACGUUACCCUCGACCACCGUCGACGAAGUCGUGAGGAACGAUGACGAUCCUCCGCCUUACAGCCCGAUCGCGCCUCCGAAUCACGUCGGCUGGCCGUUCGACUUUUCGGGAAAUCGGUAUUCCGCGUACAACGCUACAACCUAUACAACAGCUCCAUUGGCUCCGUUCCAAACAAGCCUAACUUCGCCUGGCUUCGGUUUCCAUACCGAGAGAGCGGAGGAACAUGCAUCGAUUUCGAUGCCUUUAAUGCCUUGCAGGCUAUUUAUGUUCGGUUCUCGAAGAUCUCUGUUUCCACACGAUGGUCCGACGUUCACGGAUAACAUCUCAGUUAAUAAGGAGGAUAACCAUGAAAGGACACGUAGUGAGUAUACAUACGAUAUGGCGCCAUUUUAAUUGGAGCGGCUGUCAUUAUUUUUCUUAUGGUCCUUUCAUUGCUCGUGCGAUUAAUCAUGGAUAAAAAUCUUUGGCGAAGUUAGCCAAGAUCAUAAAAUGUCGGCAAUAUGUGGUAUGCAGAUUUCAUUCAUUCUCAAUCUAGACUGAAUCUAGAGUAAUUUUAUCAUAGCAUAAUUUCUCUCGCGUUGAUGUAAUAACGAGUAUAAUUAGAGCAUGGUCGUCGUGCAGGAAGACUGGAAUUUCGAGUUUCUUACAUCGUGUAUGUUCUAGCUGAUUUUGUUCAUUAGUCAUUUGCGUGCUUUGGCAGAAGUAUUUAAUUGCCUUUAUGAAUUUAUUGCCAAUAAUUUUAUAAUUCAAAACAUGUAAAUCUAUUUAUGUUAGUAGAUAUGUUUUAAUGAUAGUUCCUUAAUUAUGACAGUUAAAGAAGUAAAAUAUAUUGUAUAUAAAGUAAAAAAAGUAAAGAAAAUCAGGAGUGAAAAA